GUUGCGUGACAUGGGUUAAAGUUUGUUUCCUUCAGUGGAUUAUAUUAUGGGCUGCGCUGGCUGGACUUCCAGUCUGAAAAAUAAUAGAAAGAGGAACAAGACUCACAGAGACGAUAACAAGUGCAUACGCACCUUCUUUCAGCUUUGUUUUGUUAAUUAUUAUCUAGGAUACCUGCUGCUGCCAAGCAAGCAGAUGUACAGGGCGCCGAUACACAGAGCACAUUGGUAGUGGGAGGGUCAGACUGUUAUUCUUACGGGAAACAUUCAUUUUUUUGCCUCGCUAAAUCGCUGCACGCUGAAUUUCUAAACGACGGCACAGUUGACGUUCAUUGCUUGUUGGCAGAAGAGGUUCUGAGAGGAAAUGUGACACUUUUUCGUCAGCUGGCAUACAUCUAACAACCACAAUGAGAGGACAGGUGUUAAGAUUUUGAAAUGACUGCCUUAAAAAGCAGCACUAUUGUGGUCUACGUCCUACUACACUAAAAAGUGGCAACAGUGAUGAAAUCUGAAGACAUUAUUAUUCUGAAGCAGCCAACGUCUGUGUGUGUACCACCAAACCAUGAGGUGACUUUAAGUGUUAAAGCAAAAGGCAAAGGUCCUUUGAAUUAUCAGUGGUUUGAUGAAAAACAGAGAGAGAUGAUGGGUGGUACAGGACCUGAGCUUACCGUCUCUCUCCAAAGUCGUGGGCAAUUUGUUUGCAGAGUAAAUGACCUGAACUGCAAUUGUCAGUUUACAGAAUGGGUAAUCGUGGACAUCCAGGCUGUACCAGGUGUUUCACACAUGUGGAGGGGGGAACCCCAUAUAGGCAUUCACCCCGAAAGUCAGACAGUAAAAGAAGGGGAGGCAUUCAUUCUUAAAUGCAGAGCUAUAGGCAAGCCUAUGCCUACCUACCAGUGGUACAGGAACGGACUACUACUGCCUAAACAGACCACACAAAAACUCAGGAUAAAAAAUGCCAGUGCAGAUAAUGCUGGUUCAUAUCUCUGUGCCGUGUCAAAUAGUUUGGAUGAGAGAUGGUCUGAGGCAGCUGAAAUUGAAAUUGCACCUCCAGAUGAACCAUCAACACCCACACUAAUUGCGACUGACAAAGUGGCACUAUUGAUCGGCAACCUUAACUACAACCACCAUCCUGGUCUGAUGGCCCCCACUAUGGACGUCCAUAAACUAGCCAAUCUUCUACAACAGUUAGGCUUCAGAGUGGUUUCUCUGCUAGAUCUCACCCUUCAGGAAAUGCAGGUUGCUAUUGAGAAGUUCUUGCAGCUCUUGGGUCGAGGCGUUUAUGCUGUUUUUUACUAUGCUGGCCAUGGUUACGAGCACUCGGGCAGAAAUUACCUGGUGGCGAUUGAUGCUCCUCGACCCUACAAAGCAGAAAACUGUGUGUGCGUACAGAGAGUGAUGCACAGUAUGCAGGAGAGACAAGCCCAGCUGAAUGUUAUUCUUCUGGACACCUGUAGGAAAUGGUAUGAACAGAAAGGCCCUGCAUCUCAAAUAAAGCCAUCGGCUCCUCUGGGCAACACAGUGUAUGGAUAUGCCACGAGUGAAGAUGCAGAAGCGUUUGAAGUCCAGGAUGGUGGCAAGAGCACGGGAAUCUUCACCAAGUAUCUGAACAAACAUAUUUUGGAGCCACAGAGGGUGACCCAUGUCUUGGAGCUGGUCUCUGAGGAUCUGGGAAAGGAUCCAUUGGUUCGUGGCAGGCAGGUUGUUGAAAUCAAGCACACUCUGACAGAGCCACGGGCGUUGACCGAUCCCGUUCAAACAUCGGGACAUACAAUGGAGCUCCGCCAGAGAGACGCUUGUUGGAAACAGGCUAAUGUUCUUCCUGCCCGGAAGUUUCUGAACUUUCAGGAAGGUGGUGUUCAAGUGGAGCUCAGUUUCUGUGCCUUGUUCUCAAACGUACUCGUUGUGUUCGGCACAGUGAGAAACACCGGUGCCGUGGCCCAGCCGUGCACUCUUCAACUUGAAAGUGAACCAGUGAUGCAGGACAUUUUGUCAUCUUGUGGCAGAUUAGAUGAAAUGGAUUCUCUGCUUAUGUGCAGUGGAAAAACUCCUGACUGCACCCUCAGGUUAUGUUGCCUUCAGAGGCUUCAGGGAUCACUGGUGAUCAAGGUGCGCCUGCAAUACAGCAAUAAAGAAACUAAACAACAGCUGACUGAAAUCAAAGAGUUAGACAUAGGCAGGCCACUCAUUGCCUCCUGCAAGCUUAACCAGAGGGCUAGCGACAGGAGACAAGAAGGCCGUGUCCAUACUUUGGGCCACAUGUCUAACAUCAGAAGGAUGCAUCAUCCAAACCAUCCUCGACCCUACACACGCAAGGCAGAGAAUAAGUUAUCAAGCAAUGAACCAGAGGAGAAUGAUGAAAAUGACUCUAGCGACUUCACUAUGUGAUGUACCGGUACCUUGCCUUUAUAAACAUGUAAUACAGUACGGCAUUGUGUUGAUGCAACAAUGGAUUUUUUCUGACAUUAACUGUUUUCUUUUUGCUUAUUAAUUACAAAUUUGUGUGUGUGUGUGUGUGUGUGUGUGUGUGUGUGUGUGUGAGAGAGAGAGAGAUAGAGAGAGAGAGAGCAUUGAAAGGAAGAAGUUCUCAUGAAAAUAUAUAUUUAUAUUAAUUAAUUGUAAAUCAAAUCAAGUUUAAUAUUCAUACAGAUAUAACCAAUAAAGCGCUACUACUGGA